GGAUUACGUUCCUGUCUGGUGAAGCAUCGCCUACCUUGGCCUACCUACUAGUCCGUAGUUCACCUUCAAGCCACGAAUUCGCCAAUCCUCCUCUAAUAUAUUAUAAACUUCAAUUCAAUUUUUGGCCAAUAUGGCCUCACAGGUCGUCGUCAACGUCACUCACACCGUCGACCAAUUCCCCAUGGAGACCUCGAGAAGUAUCUUGAUACACAAAUCACAACUCAACAAUCAGCCUGCACCAGACGCCCUUCUCUUCAUAUUGCCUUUGCUUAUCGUGCUCUCGACUUUCCUUUUCAUCCUCCUCCUGUUCCUAGUAUGUGUCAUAUUCGUCCGUAGACGACGUGGUAUCGUCCUGCGAGACAGUGAUGGUCCUACCGACAUGAGUCGAGAGGAGCUCAUAGACGGAGAAGGUGGUUUUGAAGGCGUGGAGUCUCGCUGGCUCGAGAGUGUUUCUGAAGGCGUACGACGCUCAUAUCUCAGAGCAAAAGAAUAUCAAUUGCAAUAUGCUCCAAACUCAGAGCCUACAGAUAUCACGUUAUCUCAGUUCCUUUCCAUCCAGGAGAAGGGAGUCUCGGCAUGGUCCUUCGAGCCCGACUACGAAACUAUUAAUUCACUUCUGGUUCAUGCUCGCACGGAAAUCACCUUCCUUCCCGAUCCUGCAUCCGCCUCGUGCGUGCAGUCCAAUUUACCCCUCCCCAAAUUGAACGAGGUCUACUACUGGGAGGUCAAGAUGUUUGAUCUCCCCGAAACUACCAUAGUUGCUGUUGGACUGGCCACCAAACCUUACCCACCUUUCCGGCUUCCAGGUCUGAACCCUUUCUCUGUCGCCUACCACUCAAACGGUGACAAGUGUUACAAUUAUCCCUUCACUGCAUCGCCCUUCGGGCCCGUACUCAAGGAAGGCGAUGUUCUAGGCAUCGGUUAUCGUCCUCGCACAGGAACCGUGUUCUUCACCAGAAACGGUCGUAAGAUGGAAGAUGCUUUCAUCGGCCUCAAUCGUUACAAUCUAUUUCCCACGAUUGGGGCAGAUGGCCCCUGCAGUGUCCAUGUCAACCUCGGCCAAGCUGGCUUCGUCUUUAUCGAGGCGAACGUAAAGAAAUGGGGUUUGGCACCCACCGUGGGAACUCUGGCACCUCCGCCUGCCUAUGGGAGCGAACGAGGCAGUAUUUUAUUGGAUGUGGGAGGUGGCGUACGGCCCAGUGCUCCAAUUAUUUCUCCGCCAAGCACUUCUUCCACGCCCCGUAGACGUUCUCACCGCUCUCGAAGACCGAGCAACGCACUGUCAGCGUCAUCUGUUCCUGUCGCUUCUUCACCUCUUAGAGGCAAUAUCAUAUCAUCACAUACCGGGGAGCCUAGUUCUCCUCCCCCACCAAUCACACCCAUUAUCGAAGAACCCGACAGUACGGUCCCCUCAAGUGGCCAAGGAUAUCUGUCUCCGACGGAUUUACCUUUUCACACACCACCAAACCACAGCCUUCCUUUGUAUCCAGAAGGCGAGAGCGAGCAGGAGGACGGAGAUGACACUCCCUCCCAGUCACCAACCUCCUCGCGUUCACAAUCGCCAGAAAGCGAAGGUGCCGCAGGUUCAGACUUGACCAUUCAGGUGCAUCCACCGCCUGAUUCGCCUCGUUCGCCGAAUCCUCCCACGCCGAAUCAACGUGAUAUUCGUCUGCAGGCUUUCACUAGCUCUGCAUCGACAGAAGGAUCAGAUGAUACAUCCCAAGCGAGAUCUCCAACGUUUACGAGGCGUGAUCCUCCAGCAUAUUCACCAUUGGACGCGUUCACGUAUGCGGAGGGCGUUCAUAUUGACCUACCGGCCGACGUGAUUGCUGCAGCUUUGGAAGGGGGUAGUAUUCCUGCCAGUGCAAUUGGUCAGGGGCACAGCGACCGGUCGGAGAGGCGCCGGAGCAGACGAGAUAGACGGUGACAUACGAGGUUGUUUGUGCCUGGAUUAUCAUGUAUCAUUUGUGCUGUGCAAUGCUCUGUAAAUUCGUUGCGAAUGUCCAUCUUUGCUCUACAUUUACUACCCACAUAUUCAUGUAUUACACAUGGACGCUUCUCGCUUCCACCUUACAAUUUAAUUCGACACAACACUCAGCA